AUGUCUUGUUCAUCUCUGUCUCUGUUUCUUCACCCUCAUCCUCCUCGUCUGAACCACCUCAAACCCCACCACCUCAACUCUUCCCUCUCCUUCAAAUCCCACAUUUGCUUCUCUUCCACCUCCGAAGACUCCCGCUGGCUCCGCGAAGAGCAGCGCUGGCUGCGCGAGGAGCAGCGCUGGCUCCGCGAAGAGCAACGCUGGGCGCGUGAACGCGACUCUCUCCUCCGCGAGAUCGCCGACCUCAAGCUCAAACUACAGGCUCUCCAGGCCGGCGCUUCGUCCGAGAACAUUGCCAGCAUUGCCGGACUGCUGCAGUCGUUGAAGGAGAAGAGCCAGAUCGCCGAGACGGGGUCGAGUUCGAUACCGCUGGAGUUGGAGGACAAGGAGUUCAAAGAGGUGUUCACUGUUUCUGAAGUGAAGAAGACAAAGGUGGCUCUGAGGAAAGGCUCCGAGGGAGAACACGUUCGAGCAAUGCAGGAAUCAUUGCUGAAAUCAGGAUUUUACUCGGGUGAAGAAGACAUGGAAUUUUCUAAUUUCUCAAGCGGGACGGAAAGAGCUGUCAAGACUUGGCAAGCCUCCAUAGGUCUCCCUGAAGAUGGAAUAAUGACUGAAGAACUUCUUGAAAGAUUAUUUAACGACCCUCAGGCUGACGGUGCUGUUGAAUCAAAGGAAGAUGCAAAUGGAGCUGCAGGUACGUCUGUGACAGAAAUCUCAGAGGUGAAGCAAAUAGUAUUGAAAGAAGAUGCUGCAGACGUAGAUGAAUCUUACCAUCGAGUUUUUCUUCUAGGAGAAAACCGCUGGGAAGAACCUUCAAGACUAAACAAGAAUAAAGGGAGUGAAACCAACACAACAGGUACCGCAACAAAAUGCCUUACUUGCCGUGGGGAGGGUCGCUUAUUGUGCACAGAAUGUGAUGGAACUGGCGAACCUAACAUUGAGGAACAGUUCUUGGAGUGGAUAGAUGAAGGAGCAAAGUGUCCAUACUGUGAAGGUCUUGGGUUUACAGUUUGCGAUGUAUGUGAAGGGAAAUGGUAG